CAUUCAAGAAGCAUGCCUGAAGUGACUAAUACCACACAAGGCUCCUUCUAUUUCAUCCUCACCAGCAUCCCUGGAUUUGAGGCCUCCCACAUCUGGAUCUCCAUCCCCUUCUGCUGCCUCUACACCAUCUCCAUCAUGGGUAACACCACCAUUCUCACGGUCAUCCGCAAGGAGCCAUCCCUCCACCAGCCCAUGUACCUAUUUCUCUCCAUGCUGGCCCUGACCGACCUGGGCCUCACCCUCACCACCCUGCCCACAGUCAUGCAGCUCCUCUGGUUCAAUGCUGAUGAGAUCGGCUUUGAAGCGUGUUUUGCACAGUUAUUUUUCAUUCAUACAUUCUCCUUCAUGGAAUCUUCUGUGCUGUUGGCCAUGUCCUUUGAUCGCUAUGUGGCCAUCUGCCGCCCCCUGCAUUAUGCCUCCAUCCUCACCGGUGAAGUCAUUGGCAAGAUCGGCUUAGCCAUCAUCUGCCGCUGCGUCCUGGCUGUUCUCCCUUCCCUCUUCCUACUCAAGCGCCUGCCCUUCUGCCGCUCCCACCUUCUCUCUCACUCCUAUUGCCUCCACCAGGAUAUGAUCCGCCUCGUCUGCGCUGACAUCCGGGUCAAUAGCUGGUAUGGAUUUGCUCUUGUUUUGCUCAUUAUUGUGAUGGACCCAUUGCUCAUUGUGCUCUCCUACGCACUCAUCCUGAAGAGUAUCUUGGGCACAGCCUCCUGGACUGAGCGGUUCCGGGCCCUCAAUAACUGUCUAUCCCACGUGCUGGCUGUUCUGGUCCUUUAUGUUCCCAUGGUUGGAGUAUCCAUGACUCAUCGAUUUGCCAAGCAUGCCUCUCCGCUGGUCCACGUUAUCAUGGCCAAUAUCUACCUGUUGGCACCGCCUGUGAUGAACCCCAUCAUUUACAGUGUCAAGACUAAGCAGAUCCGUCAGGGAAUUAUCUGCCUCCUUUCCCAAAGAGAUAUGUGCUUAAGAUGA